CAAGUUCACAAUUCUGUACCCUAAUAGGAUUUGAGAAUGGCGACGGAGCUGGAAGAACUCGUGAGCUUUCUAACUUGUCCAUCGCCGCAGAUCACAAAGGCUGCCGUUGACAUAGUUCGAGGAUUAACUGGUUCUGAUGACGGCUUGCACUCUCUCGCCAAUCACGCUAACACCCUUAUACCUGCCUUGUCUCGCCUCUUAACUGCACUCAAGGAGGUUUCAGAGGCUGCUGCUGAAGCCCUUGUAAACCUCUCACAAAAUUUGAAUCUAGCGGCGGAGAUGGUUCAGAUGAGAUUGAUUGACACAGCUAUGGAUGUUUUGUACAAGCCGGACUGUAGCGUUACUCCCUUGCUUGUCAUGCUUCUAGUGAAUCUCACUCAACUUGAUGCUGGUAUUGCUUCCUUGCUUCAGCAAUUCUCUGCUGGUUGUCAGAUUGAAGAUGACAAGGUGCGGGGGUUAUAUGUUAUGAAGCUUGUGAGAUCAUUUUGUAGAACCACCCAUGAGAGUGAUGAUGAUGCUUUUGAACAUGUUGGUUCAAUACUUGUUAACAUCUCAAAGCAGCGGGCAGGGAGAGAGCUUCUACUUGACCCAAAGCGGGGUCUUUUAAAGCAGAUAAUAAGACAGUUUGAUUCUAACAGUUCGCUGAGAAAGAAAGGGGUGUCUGGAACUAUUCGCAAUUGUUGCUUUGAAGCUGAGAAUCAGCUACAAAACUUGCUUUUGGUAUCAGAGUUCCUCUGGCCUGCAUUACUUCUUCCAGUAGCUGGAAACAAGAUCUAUAGUGACGUAGACAGAUCAAAAAUGCCGCUUGAACUUGGGACUGCACUCUCCAUUGAGCGUGAACCAGUGAGUGAUCCAGAAAUUCGUACUCAAGCAUUGGAAGCCAUUUACUUGAUCUCCUUGCAGGAGGCAGGUCGAAGAGCAUUUUGGUCUGUAAAUGGACCUAAAAUAGUACAAAUCGGUUAUGAAGAUGAAGAAGAUCCAAAAGUCAUGGAAGCAUAUGAACAACUGGGAUCCUUGUUGAUUCACAGUAGCAAUACAGAGGAACCAUCCAGUGAGACCUCAAAGUAGGCACUACUUUGUAUUCUUUCAAUAUACCCCACAGUAUCUCUAUAAGAACUAGAAGAUGUGAGAUCCUUCCGAGUAAAAAUUUUCAAUUCUGCCGUUACUGUUACCAUCUUCCGAAUUUUGUAAUUUAUGUGACUUAAUUUUUUAGAUGAUCAUUAGAUGAUCAUUUUUUAGGAUGGAAACCCCGUUUUUAGUGUAACCUGUCGUCCGUUGGAUUAUUGCUAAUCAUUGUUUGGUUAACUCCAGAUGAUUUCCAUUUGCUGGUGUCUACUGUGUCUACCAGUGAUGACGGAACAAAAAUCAUUGACAAUUUAUCCUUAUACAACACAAUCAAAUACAUAUUCAACUUUAUGAACUAUUAAAUUCUUGGGUUAAGCAUCA